CACGGAGCUACAGCCGAGGACAGCCAGGUUUCCGAACAGACCCGCAAACACGGAGCUACAGCCCGAGAGCCAGGCUGCUCGGCCAUGGCGGCAAACACACUCUAAACUACCCUGCCCCGGUGCCCCCGCUCCACGACGCCGCGGCACCGCACCCGCACGUAGUCCGGACGGCGAGCACUUGAGCUGAGUCGGCCGCGCUUCGGCUUUCUCGCCCGAGUUACUCGGUGCCGCGUCUUCCCUCUUUCGGCGGCGUGAUCUGCGUCUCGGCGCUAAGAUAGCUGUCGUCUCCCGGCUCCCGCACUUGCACAAGACCUUGAGCUGAUCGGCCGGCCUUCUGCGCGACGGUGUAUCUCCGCUUCUCUUUUUGAUAAUUUCCCGCAAGUCCCCUCACUUCGGAUUUGACUGAAGGAGUUGGUUUUCCUCCUCUCGCGCUGAAGUAGGUUCAGUCAAAAGUCAGACCGGCCUGUGAGCGGAAUUUUCCUGGCUUGGAUCCGAAAGCCUGUGCAUUGGCUACGACAACUGGUGGAAAGCGGUUGGUCAUCAAAUCGCCGCUGCUAAAGUUUCUGCUCCCUGAACUCAGUUGGAUCAUAGAGUUUUGGUUCAGUGUACCAUCCUGAAUUCUGCCGUGAAUUGUUGGAUGUGUUGUUUGAUCCCAAUUGCAUUAAAAAAAAACUUCUAUUUUGGGCUGGGGGCUACAACUACAAGAGAGCAACAACAAGAAGGCUCGAUCAGCUCGUUCUUUUUGUUGACCAUCUCUGUCUGGCGAGUGCUUGAGGAAGAAAACGACUUGCUCAGCUCGCCUUUUCGUUGUUGAUCCGAUCAAAGACUAGGGAAAUGGGGGUAAUGUCACGACGGGUUCUGCCGGCCUGCAGCAGCCUUUGCUACUUCUGCCCCUCUGCGGGCGCGCUCCCGGCAGCCUGUCAAGCGGUAGAAGAAGAUCAUAGCAGAUAUCUACCAGCUUCCACCGGAUGGAGAGCCAAACGAUAGAAGGGUUGGGAAACUCUGUGAUUAUGUCUCGAGAAAUCCAACAAGCAUACCAAAGAUGACAGCAGAGGACUCUAGGUUCACACCAAAGGAGCAGAGUUUUGAGUUUAUCAGCAAUGAUGUUGAGCUGAUGAUUUUUCGAGGGCUCCGAGGUUCCAUUUACUCAACAUCUAUUUUUUUGCCUCAAAGAAAGUAAAAGCUAAAAUAAAGUAGCGUUUGUAAAUCAUAAAGAACAUACUAGCUUUACAAGGUGUGAACAUUUACUUGCCCAGCUAUGCCUCAACAUGACUGUUGCAGGAUAACCAAGCUUGUACUCAUAUGUGAUUUCUAUUAGAAGUAAAGCUAAUAUAACACACACACACAAAAAGACAGGGUCUUGAAGCUGCCAGACAUAUGAGCAAUCCCUAAAUAAAGUGUAAAUGGGACAAGCACAUAAAGAUACUUGCAUAGAAACAAUGCCGAAAUCAUCUCGGAUAAGCUUGCCAGCAGUUUAGCAUGCUUUGAGUGUAAAAUGUAUGCGACAUUCCUUGUACUACUAUACAAAACCAAAACUUCUUUACCUUUUCAGCAUGAGUUGUCUUUUGUCUCCACGCCUAUAAAUAGCGUUUCACAGGUCAGAGUUCAUUCAUAAGUAGCUCAUAAUUAAUUCACAAAAGCUGAGAAGACGGGGGGUCACACAUCAUACUUCUUUUGCCAUUGCAAUGGAAAACAACUACGCAUGCCCACCACCCAGCAAGGGAAACCUGAUCACAGUCUUGAGCAUCGAUGGUGGUGGGGUCAAGGGCGUCAUCCCUGCUACCUUCCUUGCAUUCCUUGAGUCUAAACUCCAGGAGCUUGAUGGGAGCAGCGCGCGCAUAGCUAACUACUUUGAUGUCAUCGCUGGCACAAGCACAGGUGGUCUUAUUGCUGCAAUGCUGGCAGCUCCGUCGCUGAGCAAUGCCAAGCAACCAUGCUAUGAGGCCAAGGACAUCGUGCCAUUCUACCUCGAGCACAGUCCUCGCAUCUUCCCAUGCAGAACUGGGAUUUUGGGCUGGUUCUUCAAGAUCCUACAAACAGUUAAGGUGAUGAUCGGGCCAAAAUAUGACGGGAAGUACCUGCACAAAGUGACCAGUGAUCUGCUGGGUGGUACCAGAGUGGAAGAGACGCUGACAAAUGUCGUCAUUCCUACUUUCGAUGUCAAGUGCGUAAAGCCAACAAUAUUCAGCACAUUCAAGGCAAGAUCUAGUGCCUUGAUGAAUGCUCGUCUUGCUGAUGUGUGCAUUGGCACGUCCGCAGCACCGACGGUCCUCCCUGCGCACUACUUUGAAACCGUGGAUCACCGCACUGGCGCAUCGCGUAGCUUCAACGUUAUCGACGGGGGCCUCGCCGCAAACAAUCCGACUCUGGUGGCGAUGGGUGAGAUAACAGAACAGAUGAGGCAGAAGAGCAAGGAGUUCCCCGAGACCAAGCCCCUGGACUACCACAGGUAUCUGGUAGUGUCACUAGGCACAGGCCUUCCAGAGCAGGACAUCAAGUUCGACGCGUGCCGUGUCGCCAAGUGGGGCAUCUUCGGAUGGCUCGGCCGCCGGGAGAACACCGUGCCCUUGCUGCAGAUGUUCAUGCACGCGAGCUCAGACAUGACGGACAGCUACGUCGCCGACCUUUUCAAAGCGAUCGGGUGCUCGGACCAACUGCUGCUGCGUGUUCAGGACCGCAACAUACCCAUAGCGGCUGUGGCAGCUGACCUCUCGACGGAGAAGAAUCUGCGAGGGCUGGUUAAGAUUGCAGAGAACCUUCUGCAUAAGCCACUAGGCGAGGACGAUUAUAAGACCGACGACCGCGUCGAGACGACGCCGAGAGAUGGCCGUGCCAUACUAACCUAUGCUGGUAUGCUCGCACGGUUUGCAAAGCUCCUUUCUGAUGAGAGGAAGCUUAGGCUUCAGAACAUGGGACACUGUAUGCCGGUCAUAGCAAAUCGUGAAGCUUGAGAGGUCUUCCGAAACACAUAUUGAUACAUCCAUCUUAUAGGAGUUAGAGAGUUCGUUCGUGUAGGCUAUCUGCAAGCUGUUGUGUGUGUAUUGCAAGUUGUGACGACGACGUGAGUGUGUACGUAAAUGGAUAAGGCGAUAUGGUUUGCUUUGGAGCCCUGUACGUAAAUGGAGAAAAUGUGAUGCCCUGGCGUCUGGUUGUCUAGCAUUCUACCAGCUGGCUCUCCGAUCCUAGUCACAUCCAUCCAGCUCCUCCUUUUCAGAACGCCCUGUACUUCUCAAUGAUGCAGCACUCCUAGUACUAAACCUUUAAUAUAUCAUAAACACUUGUUUUUCCCCCUUUCAA